GUUUGCCCCUCCCAUUUAACCGCAGAUGGGAACAUCUGCGCGUCUGUUACUGAGGCCCCGCCUCCCGAUGAUGUAACAAUCUGUUCGCGCAUGUUCACAGUCUCCGGGUGGACGGUGUUAUCCUCUCCGCUCAGAGCUGAAGUGGGUCGGUGGUGUGUUCGGGAAAUCGUCUCUUCCGUCGGGAUCACUGUCUGCGGGCCGAAGAUAUCUCUUUCCCAUCGGUGUGUAUUGAGACCGAUGCCGAGCGGGGAGAUCCGAUGUUGGCCGUGAGCCCCGAACUGAGGGCCAGGAAUUCAUUUGUUUCCCAACUGUCUGGGCUCGUCAGAAAUGUGUCGACUUCACUUAAUCUGCAUUGAACGAUCCAAACCAGGAGCCCAGGCUGUCUGUUUCCUCAGAAUUGAAAUGGAAGUCCGGCCGACAGGUCACGUGAGGCUGUGUGCCGCAGAUUCGCCCCGCCCUCCGCUUUGUGAUGCCAGAUCACGUGGUGUGAUUUUGGCCACUGAGCUCCAUUAACUUCCCCGAACUCGUCUCGCUUCCUGAGGCUCCUCGCGUUUGUCCUGGAGCUUUAUGGCUGUUGUGUCUUCUCCCGGACUGGGGUGGGUGAGAAAGGAGAACGUCCCAGGUUCUGGGGAUCUUUGAUUUCACUGCCUGCUUUACUGAGGGACUGGGAAGUCUCGGGGGGAGAAUGGUUUCUGUGAUGUGCUGAUCUGUGUCCAAAGGUCGCUGCCGUUUCUCACAGUCACAGGCGGAGCAGUUACCACGCAGAGCGUGAGGUGUCCGGAUGGGAAUCUUUCUAUGGUGUAUUGAUAAAAAUUUGUUAGACCUGCGGUGCGAGGUUUAUUGGAAGAAAAACCGCAACUGGAAGCAAACCACGACUGAAGAUGAGGGAACAGCAACAAGUGAACCAGCCCGAGGACUGAGAGCAUCAACUGGAGAGAACCCAUCUGACUCAGUGAUUCAGUCCGGAGAAAGUUUGGACUGAUUUGUAUUUCCUGAAAUGGACCUGAUUUAACCUGGAAAUGGAAAUGACUCGUCCUGUGAUAGAACAUCAGUAAAGAAAGCACAGCUUUUCCCUGUCAAUUAUCUGUUAGACCUGUGGUGAGAGAUUUAUUGGAAGAAAAACCGCAACUGGAAGCAAACCACGACUGAAGACGUGGGAACAGCAACAAGUGAACCAGCCCGAGGACUGAGAGCACGACUGGAGAGAACCCAUCUGACUCGGAGAUUCCAGUGAUUCAGUCAGGAGAAAGUUUGGUUAAAACUGAGAAGGAAUUCGUCUCCAGGAAGCUCAAACACGGCACACCAGUUUUGUUGUCUCUGUCUAGAUAUUUAACAAGUGGAGCAAGGGAUCCAAUUGACCAUCCUUCCUGCUCAGACUGUGGGGAGGGAUUCACUCGGUCAUUUGACCAACUGUCACACCUGUAACUUACACAGGAGAAAGGCCUUUCACCUGCUCAGACAGUGGGAAUGGAUUCACUCGGUUAUCACAAUUGAAGUUAGAUCAGCAGGUUCACACACUGGGCAAGGCCAUUCACCUGUUCUGUGUGUGAGAAGGGGUUCAGUCGGUCUUCUCACCUGUGAACACACCAAUCAGUUCACACCACACCGGGCAGAGGCUGGUCAUCUGCUGAAUUUCUGGGAAAGGAUUCACUCGGUCAUCUGACCUAAUGGCUCACCAGCGGGUUCACACUGGGGAGAAGCCAUUCACCUGCUCAGUCUGUGGGAAAGGAUUCACUCAGUCAUCUACCCUACUGGUACAUCAGCGAGUUCACUCUGGGGAGAAGCCUUUCACCUGCUCAGUCUGUGGAAAGGGAUUCACUCAGUCAUCCAACCUACAGAGACAUCAGCGAGUUCAUACUGGGGAGAGGCCGUUCACCUGCUCACUCUGUGGGAAGGGAUUCACUCAGUCAUUUGACCUAAUGGCUCACCAGUGGGUUCACACUGAGGAGAAGCCAUUCCCCUGCUCAGUCUGUGGGAAAGGAUUUACUCUGUCAUCCAACCUACAAAGACAUCAGCGAGCUCACACUGGGGAGAAGCUGUUCACCUGCUCAGUGUGUGGAAAGGGAUUCACUCAGUCAUCCAACCUACAGAGACAUCAGCGAGUUCACACUGGGGAGAGGCCAUUCACCUGCUCAGUCUGUGGGAAGAGCUUCACUCAUUUAUCCAACCUAUGGAAUCAUCAGCGAGUUCACACUGGGGAGAGGCCGUUCACCUGCUCAGUCUGUGGGCAGACAUUCACUAAUUUAUUCAGCCUACAGAGACAUCAGCGAGUUCACACUGGAGAGAGGCCAUUCACCUGCUCAGUCUGUGGGAAAGGAUUCACUCGGUCAUCCACCCUACAGAGUCAUCAGCGAGUUCACACUGGGGAGAGGCCUUUCACCUGCUCAGUGUGUUGGAGAGGAUUCAAUAUGUCAUCUGACUUACGGAGUCACCAGCGAGUUCACACUGGGGAGAGGCCGUUCACCUGCUCAGUCUGUGGGAAGAGCUUCACUCAUUUAUCCAACCUAUGGAAUCAUCAGCGAGUUCACACUGGGGAGAGGCCGUUCACCUGCUCAGUCUGUGGGCAGACAUUCACUAAUUUAUUCAGCCUACAGAGACAUCAGCGAGUUCACACUGGAGAGAGGCCAUUCACCUGCUCAGUCUGUGGGAAAGGAUUCACUCGGUCAUCCACCCUACAGAGUCAUCAGCGAGUUCGCACUGGGGAGAGGCCUUUCACCUGCUCAGUGUGUUGGAGAGGAUUCAAUAUGUCAUCUGACUUACGGAGUCACCAGCGAGUUCACACUGGGGAGAGGCCGUUCACCUGCUCAGUCUGUGGGAAAGGAUUCACUCUGUCAUCUACCCUCCUGGUACAUCAGCAAAUUCACACUGGGGAGAAGCCGUUCACCUGCUCAGUCUGUGGGAAAGGAUUCACUCAGUCAUCUACCCUACUGGUACAUCAGCAAAUUCACACUGGGGAGAAGCCGUUCACCUGCUCAGUCUGUGGGAAAGGAUUCACUCAGUCAUCUACCCUACUGGUACAUCAGCGAGUUCACACUGGGGAGAAGCCAUUCACCUGCUCAGUCUGUGGGAAAGGAUUCACUCAGUCAUCUACCCUACUGGUACAUCAGCGAGUUCACACUGGGGAGAAGCCGUUCACCUGCUCAGUCUGUGGGAAAGGAUUCACUCAGUCAUCUACCCUACUGGUACAUCAGCAAAUUCACACUGGGGAGAAGCCGUUCACCUGCUCAGUCUGUGGGAAAGGAUUCACUCAGUCAUCUACCCUACUGGUACAUCAGCGAGUUCACACUGGGGAGAAGCCGUUCACCUGCUCAGUCUGUGGGAAGGGAUUCACUCUGUCAUCUACCCUACUGGCACACCAGCGAGUUCACACUAGAGAGAGGCCGUUCACCUGCUGAGAAUGUGGGAAAGGAUUCACUCAGUCAUCCCACCUACUGGCACACCUGUCAGCUCAG